UCGUGGAAUAUUGAUAAUAAAUAGAAAGCCGGUGGCCGGUCGAGCAUUCGCCAUGAUAUUGUCUCCGGUCGUGUAGAUGAGUUUAUUUUGCAGAUAAAGCCAUACUUUCAUUGAAGCGUGUAUUUCAACAUCGAAAUGCCUUCCACGGCAAGGCAACGCAAUAAGGGCAGCAAGACCGAGAGGGAGAGUGAGGCGGCUCCUCCUCCGGUGAAAUCCAGUGAACUGAGGCGGCCAGCAGAACUAGGAGACUUCCAGCCAUGGACCCCCACAGCUUACACAGCCUUCAAAGCCCUGAUGUCAGCCAGACUGUGUGCUGCUAUCUGGAGCAACAUCUCAGACUGUGAUGAGACAUUCAACUACUGGGAACCUACCCACUUUUUACUGUACGGCACUGGCUUCCAGACCUGGGAGUAUUCCCCUGCCUAUGCAAUCAGGUCUUAUGCCUACCUCUGGAUACAUGCUCUACCUAUCAAACUGUAUGCCACUGCACUGUCAGCUAAUAAACUGCUUGUUUUGUAUUUUCUGAGAUGCAUUCUGGGAUUUGUGUGCACCUUGUGUGAAGUCUAUUUUUACAGAGGGGUAUGUCGUCAUUUUGGCAGCAACACAGGACGUCUGACCCUGGCCUUCCUCAUCUUCAGCACGGGGAUGUUUAUCUCCUGCUCAGCUUACCUCCCCAGUAGUUUUGCCAUGUAUAUGACUCUGCUGGCCAUGGCUGGCUGGAUGUACCAACAUUAUCAGGUUUCUAUUCUUGCAAUAGCGGCCAGUGCAAUCCUAGGAUGGCCUUUUGCUGGAGCUAUAGGCAUUCCAAUAGCCUUUGACAUAGUGUUUAGAAGACAGAAGAUAGGGUUAUUCCUGAAAUGGUGCUGCAUAUCGCUGCUGCUGUUCCUAGUUCCCAGUGUUCUCAUAGACUCCCAUUACUAUGGGAAACUGGUCGUAGCAUCUCUGAAUAUUGUACUGUACAACGUAUUCAGUCAACAUGGACCUGAUAUAUAUGGUGUGGAACCUUGGACAUUUUAUUUCAUCAAUGGAUUUUUAGAUUUUAAUUUUGUCUUCCUCAUGGCUCUCAUCACAUUGCCAUUUUGUCUUCUUGUAAAACAUAUUUUAAAACAGUCUGAUAGAGUUCUUCCUCUCUGGCUUAGCACAGCACCAAUGUAUAUAUGGAUCUUAAUCUUCUUCACAAGGCCACACAAGGAAGAGAGAUUUUUGUUUCCCAUCUACCCCAUGUUCUGUGUAUGUGGAGCUGUUACUCUAGAUCACAUCCAGAAGCUGUACAGCUACCUGUUCACCAGUAGAAGAGCCAGGCACUAUACAGAGCUGUCCAACUGGUUGUCAGCAGUGGUCAUCAUCCUGAUCUCACUCAUUUCUGUAUCAAGGACAGUGGCGCUCUACCAGUACUAUCAUGCUCCAAUGGACAUGUAUGUUGACAUCACAAGAGUGUCAGAAGAUCCCAGCAUACACACACUACCUGCGGACAAAGACAUCAAUGUCUGUGUGGGGAAGGAGUGGUACAGAUUUACCAGCAGCUUCUUCCUGCCCUCAGAGAAAUGGCACCUGCAGUUCAUCCAGUCAGAGUUCAAAGGUCAGCUGCCAAAACCCUAUGCCUCAGGACCAGAUGCUACCAGGAUCAUUCCCAAGAACAUGAAUGACAUGAAUCGUGAGGAACCAGAUAGAUAUGUCAAUAUUUCCAAGUGCCAUUAUUUGAUUGACCUUGACCUCCCAAGAGAGACUAAAUUGGAGCCAAGAUACUCCCAACAAAAGAACAACUGGAAGGUUUUAACCACCACUCAAUUUCUUGAUCCUUCCAGGUCUCAUAAGUUGUUCCGGGCAUUCUUUGUUCCCUUUGUGUCCAGCAGAUAUGUGACAUUUGUGGAUUACAACCUACUGCAGACAAAAAGGACUAAGAAAUCAUCUCAGAGGAAACCCUAAAUCGAUUCCCAUCUGUUUUACAGAUGAUUAUAUUGCUAUUAUUAAGUCUCACUCCAGUUGUUACAAAAGUAACAGGAAUAGUACAAGUAUAGUGCCUGUAUAAAGAUUCCUUUCAUCAGGGUACCAAAUAUUCAAGAUAGAGUGCAAUGUUUAUGGACAUCACAGCUGAUGAGAAUAUAUAUUUUAAAAAAUUUAAUAUUUUAAAAAUUUUGAAAAAUGUUUCAGUAAAAACUGGGUACAUAACCACCAGAAAGAUCUCACCUAUGAAACCAUCAUAAUUACAUAAAAAUACUUGUCGACUAAUUUGUUUUGAAUAAAAAUGUCUCAUAUUUAGAUAUGAAAAAAAAAUUAUGGUACCAAAAUUGUUGUCAUGCCUUUUGAGAUCCAGUAUUUUUCUGACAGAUAUUUCAUUGAGUGGGUGCCAUUUUUUAUUUGAUUGUGAAAAUGUCAUGUUCAUUGCUUCAUGUUGUUAGGGAUGUCAUAGAUGGUAAAUAUAUGUUGUUGAAUCAUUGGUGUUUGCCAGGGGUCAUCAUGUAAAUGAUUAUAUGUGAAAUUCAAUAUAAACAAUCAAGAUUGAAAUCAACUUGGACAGAAGUAAGAUAAAAUGGUACUGGUAAACCUAUGCUAUGCUUGUAUUAUUGUUAAUUGAUAAAUUUUAUUAUUUAUUUUAUCACAUUGAUCUGAAAUAGUUUCUCAUUUGAAUAUGGGAAAUGAAAAGCUUAGGAGUGUUAUGUGGACAGUCAUAUAAGACUCAUGUUGUCUAAUUUAAGUAUUUUCUUGAAUUCAUUUUCUGCCUUAGCAAAUUAAGCUUUUUAUUUUAAAUAAAAUGGCUGUUAAACAGAUGCAAGAUGAUCUUUUUCAGUUGUAAAAAUUAUCAUAUGGCAAUAUGUUCAUGCCCCUGUUUUAAUGCACGUUUUUUUUUUUUUUUUAAAGUUAAGUACAAAUGCAUCAGAAAUAUGGGUUCAUGUUCUGUGUCGAUAAGAAUCAAAGUGUUAUAUGUAAGUUUCUAAUUGUACAUAUUAAAUGUAUAUUUUACACAAGCGAUAAAAGCUGUCAAGUAACAGUGAGUCAGGUUUAUAGAGAUUAUAUAAUGCUAUACAGGAGAUCAAAGAGGUUUGAUAACUCUGUGAAAUGAAGGUCAGGUGUUAAAGUCAAUAAAACGAGUCUCCCAAAUUUA